CCAGUGGCACCAGUAGUUUUUUUCCCCCUUGCAGUCUCUCCAGAUCAGGAAAACUAACAAAAGCUUCGGGAUUCAUUUCCCCUUGUGUGAGUCAUUACUCAUUUUUGUUGCGUAUAUUGGCAAACGAGUGUCCAUUCGUUUAUUCACAAAACAAACCUGAUUUAGAUGGACGUAGGCGUUAACCAGAAGGGUUCGGCUCUGAAGUCGUCCCGAGGUCGUCUGCAGUUGAGCCGAAUGGGAGACUGCUGCCAGUUUAAACACCGCAGCGCUCAGGGUCACGUCAGAGCCGGGCUCGAGGCAGAAGAGGGCUGCCAAGAGUCCGGGGUUCGAUUUCUCCCUGACAUGCCACAAAUUUUUGAAUUAUUACCACCGCGGCCACCUCUAAAUUACGGAAAGAAAGGGUUGGAUCUUCAGGUGUGCAUGUCCCGGAACCUAACAUGCUGCACCAAAAAGGCUGAGGAGAGGUACCAGCUUGCCGCCCGACGGGACGUCCAGAACCUUCUCCAAACCUCCAGCUCCAGCUUGAAGUUCCUCAUCACUCGGAAUGUGGCUACCUUUCAAGAAACCUUUGUGAGCCUAAUCAAGCAGGCGGAGAACUUCACCAACUCGCUGUUCCUGGGAACGUACCGGAAGGCGGCGGGGGAAGCGGCGGGGCCGGUGCGGGAGCUUUUCACCGACGUGGGCCUGUUCGUCCUGGGCUCGGAGCUGGACGUGGACGAGCUGGUCCAGCGCUUCUUCGACGGCCUCUUCCCGCCCGUGUACAGCCACCUGGUGGACCCGGACCUGACGGGCGUCGCCCCUGACUACGCCGAGUGCGUGCGGGCCGCCCGGCGCCAGCUCCGCCCCUUUGGCGCCGCCCCCCGGCAGCUGGCGGGGCAGAUCCGGGCGUCGGCCUCGCCCGUGCGCGUCUUCCUCCAGGCCCUCAACCUGGCCAUUGAGGUGAUCAACACCACCGACCACCUGCGCUUCCCCAAGGACUGCAAGAGGGCGCUGUUGCGCAUGCAGUACUGCCCCCACUGCCUGGGCCUGACCCGCAGCAAGCCCUGCAUGGGCUACUGCCUCAACGUCAUGCGCGGCUGCCUGGCCGGCAUGGCCGAGGUCGACGCCCCCUGGCGGGAGUUCGUGCGCUCCAUGGAGGAGGUGUCGGAGCGCAUGCGCGGGGCCCAGGACCUGGAGCAGGUGCUGCUGGGAGCUCAUGCGCUGGUGGGCGACGCCGUGACCCACGCCCAGAGGACCGCGCCCCGGCUCUCUGCGCAGGUUCAUAAGCUGUGCGGACACCCAAUCAGGAAGCCGACGCAGUCCGUCAACGGGCCCCAGCAGGAUGGAGGAAAGGAGCCCCUCCCUCACAGGACCCCCCUGAGUGACAUGGAGGAGACGCUGUCCAGCCGGAGGAGGGAGUUCAUCAGCAGCCUGCGGCUGUACCGCACGUUCUACGCAGACCUGGCGGGACAGCUGUGCGUGAGCGAGCUGGCCUCGGAGGACGGCCUGUCCUGCUGGAACGGAGAGGACAUCGUCAGGAGCUACACUCGACAGGUUGUCGGGAACGGGGUUCGAGCUCAGCUGGCUAACCCAGAGGUGAAAGUGAAGGAGGCCGACCCAGUGAUCAAUCAGAUCAUGGACAAGCUCAAGCACAUCAAUCAGCUGCUGCAGGGGAAGUCCAUCCCUCAGUACGGGACGCUGGACCGGAUUGAAGCUGGGAGCGGGGCCUCGGACGGACGCUUCAGCGGGGACUGCGAUGACGAGGAUGAGGACGGCUGCGGGGGGUCGGGCGGCGGCGAGGUGAAGAAGGUGCUGAAAGUCUCCAAAUGGACCCCGGACGAGGCGGGCGAUCAGCGGAGGUCUCGCGCGCAGACGGAAAACUUUGAGGCGGGCGGCGCGUCUGUGGCGGGAAGCUCGGCGCACAGCGGCCUGUUGACCCUGAGCGCCGUGUGCGCGUUGGCGGCGCUGCGCUGGUAACGUCGGCGGUUCUCCCGGCGCGCCGCGUUCUGGAAUGCCCUUCUACACCAGGGAACGCACGCAAGGUGCCAGAAGCACCGCUGCCGAGGCACGGAAGCCCUGGCGCUACGCCUCUCCAAGUGCCUGUUCUGUCAAGGACCACGGGUGGGAAUAUUAGCAAACUCCUCAGCAUGGAAGCAGAUGAGGCCUCACUCUCUCUCACUCUCUCUAUCUCUCUCUAUCUCUCUCAUUCACUCUCUCUCUCUCUCUGUCUGUCUC